UUGCGUCCUGUGGUCUCGCCCGUCCCCGCUGCCAUGUUGGAUUGUGCGGCCGCCGCCGGUGCCGCCGCUGCCGCCGCCGCCGCCGCUGCCGCGGAAGGAGGGUUGGAGGAGGAGUUGGGAGUUUAGCGCAGUCGCCGGAGUGCGAAGACAACGAGCCUCCGGCCAGAUCCUGGCCCGGCCGGAGCUGAGAGCUUCCUUUUCUCAGCGCGGCCCGCCGUCGACUCCUCCUUCCCGUGGCCUCCUCCCCGCGCCGGCGGAGCUGCGAGAUGCUGCGCCUCUGAUUACCCUCCUCCCGCCCCUGUCACCGAGAAAGGGGACGAGCGCUCGCCCACUCGCUGGAGGAGACGGCCCUGGCCUCCCUACCCCGCCGGCGAAACCAUGAGCUCCGGCCAGCAACAGCCGCCGCCGCCGCGGAGGGUCACCAACGUGGGGUCCCUGCUGCUCACCCCGCAGGAGAACGAGUCCCUCUUCACCUUCCUGGGCAAGAAAUGUGUGACUAUGUCUUCAGCAGUGGUACAGUUAUAUGCAGCAGAUCGGAACUGUAUGUGGUCAAAGAAGUGCAGUGGCGUUGCUUGUCUUGUUAAGGACAAUCCACAGAGAUCUUAUUUUUUAAGAAUAUUUGAUAUCAAGGAUGGGAAACUAUUGUGGGAACAAGAGCUAUACAAUAACUUUGUAUAUAAUAGUCCUAGAGGAUAUUUUCAUACCUUUGCCGGAGAUACCUGUCAAGUUGCCCUUAAUUUUGCCAAUGAAGAAGAAGCAAAAAAAUUUCGAAAAGCAGUUACAGACUUGUUGGGCCGUCGACAAAGGAAAUCUGAGAAAAGACGAGACCCUCCAAACGGUCCUAAUCUACCCAUGGCAACAGUUGACAUAAAAAAUCCAGAAAUUACAACAAAUAGAUUUUAUGGUCCACAAGUCAACAACAUCUCCCAUACCAAAGAAAAGAAAAAAGGAAAAGCUAAAAAGAAGAGAUUAACUAAGGCAGAUAUUGGAACGCCAAGCAAUUUCCAGCACAUUGGACAUGUUGGUUGGGAUCCGAAUACUGGCUUUGAUCUGAAUAAUUUGGAUCCAGAAUUGAAGAAUCUUUUUGAUCUGUGUGGAAUCUCAGAGGCACAACUUAAAGACAGAGAAACAUCAAAAGUUAUAUAUGACUUCAUUGAAAAAACAGGAGGUGUUGAAGCUGUUAAAAAUGAACUACGAAGGCAAGCACCACCACCUCCACCACCGUCCCGGGGAGGGCCGCCUCCUCCCCCGCCACCUCCGCACAGCUCGGGCCCUCCUCCCCCUCCUGCCCGGGGAAGAGGGGCUCCUCCCCCGCCCCCUUCAAGAGCUCCCUCGGCUGCGCCGCCACCGCCGCCUCCGUCCAGGCCAGGUGUUGGGGUGCCUCCGCCACCGCCAAACAGGAUGUACCCCCCUCCUCCUCCAGCCCUGCCCUCCUCAGCGCCUUCCGGGCCGCCGCCACCUCCUCCGCCAAUGUCGGUGGCGGGGCCGGCGGCACCGCCCCCGCCGCCUCCACCUCCCCCGCCGCCGGGGCCGCCACCUCCCCCCGGCCUCCCUUCCGAUGGUGACCAUCAGGUUCCAACUUCUGCAGGAAGCAAAGCAGCUCUUUUAGAUCAAAUCAGAGAGGGUGCUCAGCUAAAAAAAGUGGAACAGAACAGUCGACCGGUGUCCUGCUCUGGAAGGGAUGCGCUUUUAGACCAGAUACGGCAGGGUAUUCAGCUGAAAUCUGUAUCUGAUGGCCAAGAGUCUACACCACCAACACCUGCACCCACUUCAGGAAUUGUAGGUGCAUUAAUGGAAGUGAUGCAGAAAAGGAGCAAAGCCAUUCAUUCUUCAGAUGAAGAUGAGGAUGAAGAUGAUGAAGAAGAUUUUGAGGAUGAUGAUGAAUGGGAAGACUGAUCUAUAUAUUAUAUAUAUAUUUUUAAGGUGAAAUACUAAACACUGCUUUCUGUCUAUGGAUUCUGUAAAAUUAUCAUGUAAAUGUUCUACCAAUUUGCUGUAUAUUUUUGUUGCCUUUUUUGCUUUUUUUUAUUAAUCUGUGCAAUACCUCAUUUAAUCUGUAAGGGUUUGUCAUAAUCCUCUGCAAAGCUACUCCCUGUUACUGUGUGCACGUUUACACCAGGAUGCUCACUUAAUGUGUGAAUAUUUCCCAUUCCAUCAACAAGGGAGUUUAAAUAUUAUAUGUGAGACUGACAAAAACCUUAAUGUAAUUUAGUUAUAAUGCCAGAAGGAAAACACUAUUUUCAUACCCUACUUUUUCUGUACCUAAAUUUUCUUAUUAAAAUCUAGUAUAGCACUACAUUCUUUUUUUUUUUUUUUUUUUUUUUUU